CCCACCCUGGCUGUUGGACUUAGGGAUCCAGGGAGAGCCCUAUAGCCUCCCCCCCAUUCUCUACCAGUACCACCGCCUCCACCCUUCCCGAAGCGCCUUUUGUCUGAGGCUGGCCCCACCCCGAGACCAAUUAAGGAGGAGACUUUGCACGUCAAGUGACUUCAUUGAGCAGGUUCUUGGUGAUUCGGGGUCAGGCUCUCCCCAGUGAGUGAGGAGCUCCACGCUGCUUCUCUCCAUCUCACACUCACAGGCAGUCACUCACAAUCACAUUCGGGCACACACUAACCCACCCUCAAGCACAAUCAAUCUCAAAUAACAGCCAGCUAGUCGUCACACAAGAGACUGCUUCUCUGGAUUCCUUUCUCCCUCCUCACCCUGUGAGGUUUGACAUUCACUGACUCUUCAGUGUGAGGCCAGAGCAGGACAUGUGGCCCUGAGGAGGACCUGGCUAUUGAAGCACCUGGUGGACAGGUGGGUGAGGGCAGAGAGGAGGGGUAUUGCUGGGCAUGUUUAAGCGCACCGGGCUGACCUGCCCACCCCCAGCUGCUCCCCCAAUCCAGACAAGAGGAAGUUUCCGGAGCUUCCCACACUUCUGGGGAGAAGACUUCUUAGCCAGCUUGAUGUUUAAAAUUCAGCUGGAGCCGUUAAAACUGCGUGCAUGGACACUGAAUGGGUUUGUAAAGUUUCGGAACAAGGAGGCCAAUACUGGUCCAGUUGCUGUAAUGGGGAAGGAUUAUUAUAAGAUUCUGGGUAUCCAGUCCGGAGCCAAUGAAGAUGAGAUCAAGAAAGCAUAUCGGAAGAUGGCCCUGAAAUAUCAUCCAGACAAGAACAAGGAGCCCAGUGCUGAGGAGAAGUUUAAGGAGAUUGCAGAGGCUUAUGAUGUGCUGAGUGAUCCCAAGAAACGUGCUGUUUAUGACCAGUAUGGAGAAGAAGGCCUGAAGACUGGUGGCGGCAGCUCUGGAGGCUCAGGAGGCUCCUUCCACUACACCUUCCAUGGUGACCCCCACGCCACUUUCGCCUCCUUCUUUGGUGGCUCCAACCCCUUCGACAUCUUCUUCGCCAGCAGUCGUACCACACGGCCCUUCAAUGGCUUUGACCCGGAUGACAUGGAUGUGGACGAAGACGAGGACCCAUUUGGCGCCUUCGGCCGCUUUGGUUUCAAUGGGCUGAGUGGGGGACCCAGACGACCUCAGGAAUCCCUGCACCCCCGGCGAAAGGUGCAGGAUCCCCCUGUCGUGCACGAGCUGCGCGUGUCCCUAGAAGAGGUCUAUCAUGGCUCCACUAAGCGCAUGAAGAUCACCCGGAGGCGUCUCAACCCAGACGGUCGGACCGUGCGUACUGAGGACAAGAUCCUGCACAUUGUUAUCAAGCGAGGCUGGAAGGAGGGCACCAAGAUCACCUUUCCCAAAGAGGGCGAUGCCACACCAGACAACAUCCCCGCCGACAUAGUCUUUGUACUCAAGGAUAAGCCCCAUGCCCACUUCCGCCGAGACGGGACCAACGUGGUGUACAGUGCCCUGAUCAGCCUCAAGGAGGCGCUGUGUGGCUGCACUGUGAACAUUCCCACCAUCGAUGGCCGAGUUAUCCCCCUACCCUGCAAUGACGUCAUCAAGCCGGGCACUGUGAAGAGACUACGGGGGGAGGGGCUACCCUUCCCCAAGGUGCCCACCCAGCGGGGCGACCUUAUAGUCGAAUUCAAAGUGCGCUUCCCAGACAGGAUAGCCCCGCAGACGCGACAAAUCUUAAAACAGCACCUGCCUUGCUCCUAGGCCCAGCCUCAGGGCUGGCUCUCGGCCUCCACAGCAAUACCGCCCUCCGCCCCAGGCUCUUGAAGCCACUUAGGCAACCCAGCUGGCCCCACCGCCCGCCUGCCCGCCCGCCCACCGGGCAACCUUUUUCUAAAAUGCAAAAAAGCCACUUUUGUUUUCAGAGAGUUGUUACCGCCCCUACCUGGCUGUGCUGUCUCGGGUGGGAAGUGAGGGUGGAGGGAGGGAGGGGGGAGGGAGGGAUGCCCCCAGGGCCAGGGGUCGCUGUUUUUGUCCCAAGCUUUGAAUCCAGUUUUACUGCUCCCCAUGGCUGGAGAGUGACUUGACUGUUACUUGGCGAUGUGUAGAGGUUUCCUAUUCAGGCCUGUAAAUAGCAUGUCGUUCCCCUACCCGCUGCUGAGGUCCUUCCUGCCUUCCUUUCUCACCCAGUCUCCCGCCCAAAUCCUUGGGGGGGGGGGGGGGAGUACAAAAAGGACACCCCUACCCCGACUAGAUACCUCCACCCAGGGGGAGGGGGGAAGGAAUACUAGCCACGUGUACUCAUUUCUGUACGCACACACACACCUUCCCACGUUUGUGCACACAUAUUUGGGGACUGGGGAGGGGGGUGGGGAGGGCCAUUGAGCACGAGACACUUUGUAUUUAACAGGGGUGGAGUUUGCAGCGCUGCUGGCCGAGAAGGGGGUCUGAGGGCAGCUCAGUUUCACCUCACCUGCCUCACUUUCCCUCCCUUGACAGCCACGCCUUCCCCACGCCGAGCUGGGCCUGCAGGCUGGGGAAAGUGGGGAUGAGCAGAAGGGGAAAGCGCAUACAUACCACAUGUGUUUUCUUUUAGGCUUAACUAAGGGGCUUGGGUGGGAGGGGUUUUUACAUUUUUGUACUGGGCAGCUCUUCAGCGCUGCUGGCCUCGACCCAAAAGGGGCUUCCGAGCUUUUCCCCCCUUCUGAGAAUCCUGGGUCACCGCAGCCAUGCCCUGGCCUCCCUGCCCCAGGGCUUCGGCCCUGCCUGAGCCCGUCCGACCCAUCGGGUCCUAGUCCUCUCCAUCUCCGAGCGUCUGAGGUCCUGUCCCUAGAGUUUGGGGAACCCAGAACGUCCUGCCUUGCUCCACACUGUAUAUUAUCCCGGACGGCAGGGAGUCCUGGAGAAGGGCUUGUGGACUCUGGCCGCGUCUCUGGCUACACCCCAAGGACCCGGGGUGGGGGCUCUCUUGGCUUUUCUCAUUUUGAUGAGCCCCUGAAUGUUUUUAUAGUAGGUUUUUUGUAUUUUUUUGUAAUGACAGUAUUAUGAAAAAAUAAAGUAUUUUAAAAA